UACAAAAUGGCGGACAACACAUAGCCCUUGUAUGCUGUGGCAAACUUUUGUGAAUUAUUCCUAGAGUCAAGUUUUUAUUCUCGCGAAUGUACCCCGAAGGAAUAAUAAAUUAGUUCAAGAGGUAAAAGUAGCACUGAGAAAGCAAUCGAUCCCAACACAACGAUGGAAACUACUUCUGAUCAUGAAGUGACGAACGAAAUGACACCUUGGGCCGACAGCGAAGCACAGCGCACUGAAAGUCGCACUGCUGUGGAAUCGGAAACCAAUGGACAGCAGGUUAAUCCUGCUAAAGAUACGAGCUUACAAGAAGAAGAACCAGAAGAUCAGGUAAAAAUUACUUGAUGUUCUCCUGGUGCAUGAAAAUUUACGUGCAGGUUGUUGUUUUGAAAACAAUACAUACGACUGGAUAAGUUAUAUAAACUAAAAAACGUGCAAACCUCGUUACUUUAGAAAUCGAAGCGCUUUCGACGAAUGAUGAUGGAAUUAAAACCAUGUUGUAACUACAUGUGUAAUCAUGUCAUUGCCAAACAUCACUUCGUUGACUUUAUACUGUUCACAUUUCUACCUUUCGUAGGAGACAAAUGAAUUUGAAGAAAUGAUAGCUGAUGGCUUAUCACAGCUGGGAAGGUCUGCUGAUGGAACACUUCAAGUUUACCUUCAUCUGUUUUUACCGGUACAACAAUUUUACAAUUCCAUCCAUCACAUGUAAAGAAAAAAAAUUUAAGCCUUUGUAAUGGAACUCAAUUGUUAACUUUUUAACUCCCAAGAUCUGCUUGUUUGUUCGAAAUUCUCCUCACUAACUGUUACAAAUUUUCUUGUAAAUAAGUUACAAGAAUUUUAUAUUAGAUCAGGAUAACUUCUACCUGAUAAGUCUCAGUAUUCUCAUUACCUGUAUGCUGGAUAAUGAGGGGAUAGUACAAAGAGAAGUUAUAUUUAAAUCACUUCAGGGAGUCAUAGGGGUAGGUUGUAAAUGCUUUUUCAAAUGAAUCCAUAGAAUAUAUUUGAAAAUAUGCAAUAUCAAGAUUUCCAACCAAAGAUGCAUAGUGCUGAAGAGAAGCAAUGCCAUGUUACAGCUUUUUAUGUUUUACAUGAGUGUUUUCUUCUCCUCAGGGAUGUGGACUCACAGACAUAACCUGCUUACAAGAGUAUAUCCAUUUACAGAAUGUUGUUCUUUCACACAAUUCACUAACAGGUAUGAAUCAACUUUGAAUUGCUUGUGGUGUGAUUUGUUGAUCCACAAUUAAGAAGCAAAUGUGAUAUUUUAAAUCAACAGAUUUGAGUCCAUUGGGUUGCAUGCCUUACCUGGUAUUCCUUGAUGUUUCUCAUAAUGAGCUCACUACUGUUUUAGACUUCAAGCCUCCACUUGGUCUGAGGGUAAGAGACUGACAAGUAAUGUAUAGAAAAAUUAUGUUAUUUACUUGGAAAAUAUGUUUUCAUUUUCAAAACAAUGUUUAUUUAACAGUGAGUCUUAGCAGUGCACCAUUUUUCUCCUCCAGGAUGUAAUUAUGUCACAUAACAAGAUAGAAGUUCUUCCAGAUUUGUCUGCUCAUCACUGUCUUACAAGACUAACACUGGACUGUAUCCUUGCUGUUUCAAUGAAACAAACAACCUUUGACUCUUGAAUGGGAGACUUGAAAGGAAACGAGAAGAAAAAACAAGCUACCACAUGUAAAGAGUUAAAUUAAAUGAUCCAAUGGAAUUUCAUGUUAUCAGCUGCCAUUGGGAUUUAAAAAUUAUGAUUAAUAUUUUACCUUUGGGUGCCUGAAGCAUUUUCUUUCUAGUAAGGAGACCCCAUAUAACUCUUAUCAUAAGUUCUUCAAAGUUAUAUAAUUUAGUACAUCAUUGACUUACUAGAUAAGCAUAUAUAUAGUUCUCUUUUUGUGUUGUUGUUUUCCUUGAUGUUUCAUUCUACAGACAACAGCAUAUCUGAGAUCCAGGGAUUAUCAAGUUGUCACCGUUUGACUCACUUGAGUCUGAUGAACAACAACAUAUCCAGAAUUGCUAAUCUGGACAACCUGCCCCUCAAAUCACUUGAUUUGGUUGGUACAUUUGUUAUAUACUACUACAAAUUCAGGUGGUGUUCAUGAUGUUGUGUCAAAGUUGUGGGGAAAAUCCAAAAAUUAGGGUUGAGUGGCAUGGAAUUAGAUAUACAGUACAGUACAGCUGGCAUAUAUGUUAACUGCGCAGAUGAAUUUCAUAUGCACAGACGCAGGGUAGUCAGAGGCAUAUAUACAUACACGUAUGUACAUACGCAUAUGUACUAUCCUUUUCUUUGUUUUUCUUUAGAGUAACAACAACAUAAAGAAAAUUGAAAACCUGGAAACUCUCAAAUAUCUUGAGGUAAGAAAUUUAACAUAAGAAUUGUAAAAGUUAAACAGAUGAUGACAAAGUUUUACAUGUCAGUAGUGAUUGCUCUUAACCUGAUGGGUUCAAGGGGUAAAAUGGAGGGGUGGGGAGGGCGGGCAAAGCUUUUAUUAGGACGGAGGGGAGAUCAUCUCACAUUUUCCCACCAUGGAAGAGUCUUCUACCAUAAGCUGUUAAUUGAGGAAACACAUUUCUAGAGAAUUGGAUAUAUAAUUUGGCAUUAAUUUACAACUUACAAUUUAAAAGCAAAUCCAAGGAGUUACAGAUAGAUAUAUGAAUACAGGGGUACAUUUCUAAAGAAACUGUGGCUCUGUGUGGGUGGGAGAGUAAUUUAACAGGGUAAUAUAGUAUUAUCAACUGAGUUUAUGGUUACAGUAAAGAGAUUAAAAGCUGACUUUUUGAGUGUUAGCACUUCAUCAGAGCAAUCAGAAACAGAUGUUCUUGAUAUACUUAAUAUACUUGGAAACAUAUAUACUUGGCUUACUCACUCAGCAAAAUUGCAAAACUAUCCUUGUCUUUUAACAGAAAAUCAAUUUAUCCAGGAACAGUAUUCGCAGCAUGAAAGGUCUCCAGAAUCACAAUUUACUUCAAGAAAUUGACCUUGAAGAAAAUCAGGUUGGUAGGAACAUAAGUCAAAUUUUUAUCAUGUAAUAUAUUUAUGUGUGUCAUUUCCUGGCCAUGUGUGAGUCACAUUGCAACCUAACUGAACCCUAACCUGUUUUGUUGCAAUAAGAAUUCGGUUUGUUUCUGAUUCAACAGUUUCCAAGUAGACAUCAACUUGAAGAUGUGUGAAGUCUUUCAAACUGUUUGCCAACAUUUUCCUGCAUUCUUGUCUAUCUUCGACCAGAAUGACUAAGUUCCUAUUUUGUGGGCAUCAGCUGAGAGAUUCUUCUCGAUCUGUGUAGUGUUAGAGCACUAGACACCUUUCAAGGGAAAUAAUGACAUUACAAGUGGAACUAAGACCAUGAUUGAACAGAUUUUUUUAGUCUUACAAGGGCUUGAUCAAAUUAACUAAAAGAAUAAAACCUCUCCUUUGCACAUGAAUGUUUGGUGUCAUUAGCCACUAGCUUACAGCUCUUAAUCUUUUCACAUUCAGGUGAUUGAUAUUGCCGAAGUGCGAUACAUCAGAGAACUAAAUUUAUUACGAAAUCUGAACUUGCUUGGAAAUCCAAUCCAAGGGAUGCCAGACUACAGACUGUCUUUACUAUUCAGAAUACAAACUCUUACUGAACUGGAUCGAUCCAAAGUGUCACUUGAGGAAAAGGUAAUGGAGUACAAUGUAGCACAGCCAGGAACUUAAUGGCUCUAAAUAGAUUGUGUACUCAACUGUUUAUAUGUUACAUGUAUAUUUUUAUUCUGACCAAGGGCCACUCUUUACCAUGGCCAAUGUGCAUUAUCAAUUCAAUUGAUUAAAACUUAACCAUCUUGUAAUAACCCCAACCAGCAGAGCACUAUAGUUCCCUUGACAUGUAUCUCCUUUGUUUGAAAGUUAACCCUCUGAUUUUUCACAGUGAUCAGCAGCUAAUAUCAUGAGAAUAAUCAAAAUGAUGGCCAACUAAAGAAGCUCCUGAUUAUUAAACAAAUUCUUCCUAUCAGUGUCAUAGGGAAUAUAUAGAGAAUAUUAUGGAGAAUAUUCAUACUGGCGUUGGGUGUAAGGGGUUAAAGUGAAAGGACAAGUCUAGCAGUUAGCCUGUGUACAUUUACACUCCUGAGUGGAGAGAUACACUGUAAGGGUUUAGUGUUACUGCCAUGUCCCUCUUCCCCCAGCCAGGACUUCUAAAUCCUGAGAGUUAAGUGUACCAAAUAUCAGGUCUUUGUGUUUUGCAUUGCUUCAAAAUGUUUUUGUAUACUUUUCAUGUCUAAUAUAAAUUCCUUCCUUUAAAUUUUUGCCUUGUUGGGGAUUCAACAGGUUGCAUCUGUGAACAUGUUUAACCCCCCUCCAGAGGUCAUUGCAGCACGUGAUCACAUGUUCCACGUGACAAAGUCUCUUCUUCAGCCGACAAGAAUUCAUGACAGGUAAUUUAGGAGGCAGUAUUUGUCUAAUUAAAGUAUCCAAUACCGUGUUAUUCUGUUUUCAGAAUUCAAUCUUUUCGUCUCAUCACACGCAUCGUUGCCUCAUUACACGCAUUUUCUGAGUUCUAAUUGACUGGUUGCGUAUAAUUCACUCGUAUGUUACACCCACCUGCGUGUGUCUUUAAUACGAGCAUUUGCGUGUAGUGACGUACAGUGUGCGCGUUUUGCGCAUGUAGUGUGCUGGAAUUGCACUCAAAAUUCAACAAUCCUCUGAAAGGGUCAUGCCUCGGAGCAUAUCCUUAAUAAUUAGCGUCCUGUAAAAGUAAAAUAAUUGAAGCUAAAGCGUUGUUAAUUGCACGCCAGGCUCUGAAAUCUCUGCUUCUCAAUAACGUUGUGGUGUUGCACUCGAUUCUCUGAUAUUCUGAUAGCUUACGUGACAAUUUCUGCCAAAUAUUGACGUCAACACAACGUUUUGACAUUAAGUAACGUCUCUUCUCCGAUAGCACCCUGCCAAGUGUGGACACGCCCUACCCGAUGCUGAUCCUGUGUGGACCCCCCGGAUCAGGAAAAAGAUAUUUGGCACGAAGAUUAUGUCAAGAGUUCCCUGACUUCUUUGGCUUCGGGUAAGAUUUAAGACAAAAUUCCGUAUCCUCUUUUGUCACCUACUCAGUGCUGUGAUUCAUCUUUGUUUUUCUUUUUCACUUCUCACAGUGUAUGUCACACCACAAGAAUGCCGCGGAAGAAGGAAGAAAAUCUCGAGGACUACUGUUUUGUCACUCAAGAACAAUUUGAACAAGGAGUUGUAAUGGUAGGUUAAACAGUUGGUGCCAUGUAACAAUCAGGAACUAUCAUUAUGUAAUAAACAAAGAAGUCUUGGAUAGACGGAGAAAAACCACAUCCAAAGGUAGAGGACUCUGUCAUGUCAGGUUUGUGUUUAUCCGUAGGGUAAAUUCCUACAAACGUGCCAACUGGCGGGGAACUGGUACGGUGUCACACGAGAGGCCGUGGAGAGUGUGGCCCGUGAGGGACUUGCUGCAGUGUUCUACAUGGACUUAGAGGUUAGUUAUUUCCUUGUAAGUUUUUGAGUUUUGUUUCCUCUUGUGUGGUAAUGUUAAAGAAAGCAAUUGAGAUUCUUUUUUAUGUAUAAUUUCAGGGAGUUUUGAGUUUCAAGAACACUUAUUUUGAGCCCAGAUAUGUUUUAGUGCUUCCUGUAUCAAGAGAGGUAGGAUAUCUAAAAGAUAAUUGGUCGUAAUUUCUAACUGUCACAAUAAUUAUCGAGGAUGUUUCACGAGACAUGACGUCGAAACUAAUUCAACUUUCCGAAACGUCUUUCAGUCAUUUUGGACACCGUCUAAGUAUUAAAUAUUUUUUAAGUUCGGAACAGUGAAAUUGUAUUUGGAUUUCAGAUUCACGAAGCACGCCUUCGGGAGCGAGGUGAUUACCCAGAACCUUUGCUGCUGCAAUCGUUGGAGCGAGCUACCUUAUGCCUGGAACACAACAGAAAAAAUCCCGGCUUCUUUGACAUGGCUAUUAACAGCGGUGAGGAAUCGUCCAUUUUUCUAUUUUUGUCCUUCGUGCUUAUUAAGUUGAGGUGUAAAGCGUUAAAUUCAAAAACGUAUUUUUCGGAUCCCACACAAAGGUAUUGAUUUUAGGGUGUAAUGUGAGGAAAGAAUCAUGAUCGAGGACACUGGAUUUUAACUCAAACCUGUCUUACGAUUAACCAACAGAAGAUCUUAGUGACGCUUACAAGCGACUUAAACUUCUUGUUAUGGAAUACCUUGGCAUGUCACCACCAUCCACAGUGCAGUCUGAAUUGUUCAGCGAAAGCAUGACGUCCGUUGAAACCAGCCAAACAGAGGACACUGUAAACCAUGGGGCCAAAUCAGGUACCAGUCAAACGACAAGUGUCACGGUCAACAUGGCGGCGAGGACCUGGUCACGACGGUCUGACUCGUCGACUAUUCCUCCCAAAGGAGUUAAAUUAAUAAAGCAAAAAACACCAGUGGUAAGUGGAGACUUCUGUUUUGAUAUUGAAAAUCGUUUAAGUAUGUAAAUGAACUUACUUCAAGAGGUUAUCACGACCCUUGUUGACCAAUCGUUCUGUGGGUUGAUUUGUUUGCCUUUUUCACAGGAAAUUCUUUCGUUAGAGCGUCGCCAGACACAGAUAAAAGCGGCUGUAGCAGGAAUUCAUCAGAUAUCACUGGAACAGUUCAUGAUGGGCACAAGGUAUGGUCAAUGUACCAGUCAGUGUUAAACAAAAUUUAAUUGUGGGAGGCGCCAAGAGGUGAGGGAGGGGGGGGGGGACGGGGAACAAAACAUCUCCCGUCUCUAAGUCACCUCAACUGGGGUUCCCUCCCCUCCCCCCCUCUAUCACCCCAUGCUAAGAAGGCGUGAUAACAUUUAGUUUUUUGGGGAAAAAGUAGGGGGCAGGGGAGAAACGAAGGUUUCCUUCAGUUCUUACACGAUUAUAAGACAAAAACAAAGCGCAGGGUUAAGUUCAGAGUAGAAUUAUUACUUCACUGCAUAAAUUUAACUUGGUAGGAUUUAUGUAAGACAGUGAAAUCGAAAUUUAAUAUCUUGUGAUAUCAAUUACUAUCCAGGCAAGCAGUUUCGGCUACUUUCCAGCCCUCUUCAACGCAGCAUUCUCCAACGGAUGUCAAACGCCCGAACUCGGUCCCGCUUAAUUUUAACGCUUCGCUUGCUUCUAUGAUGGCCAAUGCGAGCAGCCAAAACGAGGCAAGAGAUGGAGGCCUGGAAUCGAACAUCUCUGAGUCUGAUGAGGAGCAGGACGGAACUUCAUCUAUAGUUUCAUCUGCGCGUGCGUAUUCCAACGAUGACGCUCAGUCUCCAAAAGAGUCAGACGAAGAAGAUGAAGACUCAAGAGAUCUGCUUGAUUUUAUUCAAACAGAAACACUUGACUUGCAUGAUACCGGUUCUGUUCCGUUUUCGGGACUUUUUGGCCAAGUUGAAAUCGCCAAUUCUAUUUAAAAUGUGGCCGAUUCUCUCCGGGAAAAAAAGGAAAAAGAACCAGGUUAAAGACGCUAUCUCCAAAACUAGAAUUGGAAGAACUUUAAAACGUUUACAUUGUAACAUAGUUAACUUUUUAAGUUCGUUUUCACAGCGUGCUUAAGUAUACACCAAUUCCCUGUCGUUGUUCAUAUUUUUUGGAGAAUUUUAGACACAAUUUUGUGGCCACUUACAAUACAAACACCCUGUCAUCAGCAGAUUCUGAAAAUGGUCUUUGUGAAUUUAAACGAGUCGGUUUGUUUAUAUUUUGUAAAUGAAUUGAAAAUUAAAGGAACAAAAAUUCUAGUUGGUGUUACUUUUUGUGAUUUAUUUGGAC